GGCCGGGGGCGCGGCUGCGGGGCCUCCGCCGCGGGGCCUCCGCCCAGACCCGGGCGUUGUCGCGGAGCCGGGCCCGAGGGGCUCGGGGCCCACCCGCCGGAGAAGCCGGGCCCGGCUCUUCUCCUCGUCCCGCUGCGGUGCGGUGCCGUACCGUGCCGUGCCGUGCCGUGCCGUACGCUGCCGUGCCGUGCCGCGCCGUGCCGCGCCGUGCCGCGUCCCCCGGGCCGCCCCUGGGCCAGGCCUGCGGUGCGGCCGGCGGUCGCCGCGCUCGUACCUGGCGCUUCGCGGCGCGGCGCGGUGCGGGUUGUUGCCGCCUCCCAGGGGAACUGUUCGUAGCGUGCAUCCCUGCGAGAAGCUGUAGCUGGUCCUCUCUGCUCGAACAGAUAUUCUGAUGGCUAUGGCAACCACAAGAAAUGUAAUGAGAGCUGUCAGAGUGUUUGAAUUUGGUGGCCCUGAAGUGCUUAAACUCCAGUCAGAUGUUUUAAUUCCUGUCCCAAAAGAAAAUCAGGUAUUAAUUAAAGUCCAUGCCUGUGGGGUAAAUCCUGUUGAGACAUAUAUUCGUUCUGGGAAUUACGCUAGAAAACCAGCUUUACCUUAUACUCCUGGCUCUGAUGUGUCUGGUGUGAUUGAAAGUGUUGGGGAACAUGUGACAGCAUUCAAGAAAGGAGACAAGGUUUUUAGCAUUGAUGCGAUCUCUGGAGGUUAUGCAGAUUAUGCAGUUGCUGCAGUUAAUCGAGUCUUUCCUUUGUCGGAUAAAUUGGACUUCAAGCAAGGAGCAGCAAUUGGAAUACCCUACUUCACUGCUUAUCGUGCUCUUUUCCAAAAAGGCCAUGCCAAAGCAGGAGAAAGUGUUUUAGUGCAUGGUGCAAGUGGGGGUGUGGGAAUAGCAGCAUGUCAAAUUGCCAGAGCUUGUGGUUUAAAGGUUUUGGGUACAGCAGGAACUGAGGAAGGCAUGAAUAUUGUUCUGAGAAAUGGUGCUCACCAAGUAUUUAAUCACAGAGAAGCUAAUUACAUUGAUAAAAUAAAGGAAUACACAAAAAUGCAAGGAGUCGAUAUAAUAAUAGAAAUGCUCUCCAACAUCAAUCUUGCUACUGACUUGCAUUUGUUGUCCUGUGCAGGAAGGGUGAUGGUCGUGGGCUGUAGAGGUACCAUUGAGAUAAAUCCAAGAGACACUAUGAGUAAAGAAUCUAGCAUAAUAGGAGUUAGUCUGUUCCUUGCAACUGAGGAAGAGAGGCAUGAAUGUGCAACAGCACUUCUUGAUGGCAUAGAAGCUGGCUGGCUGAAACCAAUUGUAGGCUCCGAAUAUCCACUGGAGAAAGUGGUUAAGGCUCAUGAAGACAUUAUUCAUAGCAGUGGUGCUCGAGGAAAGAUGGUGCUCCUUCCAUAAAGUCUUUCUCCAUUUAUUUUCUAGCUGUUCUAACUGCACCUUUGCUUAUAUGAUUCAUUGAAUAUAUUUUAUAAAAUAUACUUUUGAUCAGGUUUGAGAGGAACAGUAAAUGCUAGCUUACAUUAAUUAAUUACAUUGAUUCAUUAAUCCAUUUUCUUUUUCUAAGAAAUUGAGUUGGGCAUACUUUAAUUUUUGUAACUUUUUUGGCUGAUGUGGAAAUAAUAACUUUUCUCUGCUGA